UAUGAUCUCAACUUAUCCAUUAAAAGCAGAACUGAAGAGCAGAGCAGUGCAGCCUAAACAAACUACUACAUCAAUAGAGGGUUAUAAUGUUUGAAAGUGAGAGUUCAGAUUCACCUGAUGCUAUUUAUAUCAAUGUGGAUUCUGCAAGACGUCUUAAUCUGAGGAUCACAGAGAAACAGCAGCCACUUCAACACACAGAAAAUGUCUCAGUGAUGAACCGAAAGCACAGAGCAGCUGGAGUGUGUUUGUGUCUGCUGUGUUUUCUUCUGCUGACUGCUGUAAUAGUGCUGUGUGCCUGUUACACCUCUGAGAGAAAGCAGUUGCUAACUCAGAUCAGUAACUUGACUGAAGAAAGAGUGCAGAUAAUGAAUGACAAGAACCGAAUGGAUAGUUGGCUUAAUGAACAAGAUCAGCAAGGGGAACCCUUGAAAUGGAUUUACUACAACUUCAGUUUUUAUUAUAUUUCAUCUGAGAAUAAAAGCUGGAGUGACAGCAGGAGAGACUGUCAACAGAGAGGAGCAGAUCUGGCGAUCUUAAGAGAAGCCAGUGAAAAAAAGUUUUUGCUGAAAGCUUUUGAGAACAAUUAUUUUUGGACUGGUCUGAUCUACACAGAGAAUAGGUGGAUUUGGAUUGAUGACACCAAAACGGCAACUGGGUAAGAGAUCACUGAAAUUAAAGAAAUAGCUUUCAAAAAUAAAAAUGUAAC